AGCGUACAUCAGCGGCUGGGAAGUCUUAGGCAGGACGGACGCCAGCACAACAGCAAAAGAAAAACAAAGGGACUGAUUGUAAAGAACAAGCGGAUUCUUAUCGAUACCGGCUUUUGGGUUGUUUGUUUGUUUGUUUGUUUUGGGGGGCAACCCGCGUGUUCUUUUUCGAACCGAGAGAGUGCUCCGUCAAAGAACAGAAAGAGUAACCAACUGAAGAUACUCAUCGUAAUAAAAUAAAAAAAGGCAACAACCGUAUUCGUCCCGCGCUCGAUUCAUUUUCGUAUCGGGGAAGGAAGGGGGUGAAGAACGGACUCGCCGUCUGUUUCCUUUAUGCGUCUAGAUUUGCCGUUCUCAACGUGUCGCCCCACUACUAUGGUCAUAAUGGAAGUCCCCAGCCUCGACUGCGCCGCCUUCCGAAACCUGCUGGACGCCGGCGCGCUGGUCCUCGACUGCCGCUCCUUCUUCUCCUUCAACUCCUCUCACAUCCCCGGCUCUACCAACGUGCGCUUCAGCACCAUCGUGCGCCGGCGGGCCCGGGGCGGGCUGGGGCUGGAGCACAUCGUGCCCAACGAGGAGGCCCGGUGCCGGCUGCUGUCCGGCCAGUGCCGCGCGGUGGUGUUCCUGGACGAGCGCAGCGCGGACUUCGAGCAGGUCAAGAAGGACAGCACGCUCAUGCUGGCCGUCGCCGCCCUGCGCCGCGACCCCUGCGGGGCCAGCGUGUUCCUGCUCAGAGGUGGCUUCGAGGCGUUUGCCUCCGAGUUUCCCGAGCUGUGCACGAAGCCCGCCGCCCCGCAGGGCUUGUGUUUGCCGCUGAGCUCCAGCUGCCCGCCCGGGAGCGCGGAGUCCGGCUGCAGUUCCUGUGGGACACCGCUGUACGACCAGGGUGGUCCAGUUGAGAUCCUGCCCUUCCUCUAUCUGGGCAGUGCCUACCACGCCUCCAGGAAGGACAUGCUGGACACUCUGGGCAUCACGGCCCUCAUCAACGUGUCCGCCAACUGCCCGAACCACUUUGAGGGUCACUAUCAGUACAAGAGCAUCCCGGUGGAGGACAACCACAAGGCUGACAUCAGCUCCUGGUUCAACGAGGCCAUCGAGUUCAUCGACUCAGUGCGGAACAGCGGCGGCCGUGUCUUCGUCCACUGCCAGGCCGGCAUCUCGCGCUCCGCCACCAUCUGCCUGGCCUACCUGAUGAGGACCAACCGGGUCAAGCUGGACGAGGCCUUCGAGUUCGUCAAGCAGCGGCGCAGCGUCAUCUCCCCCAACUUCAGCUUCAUGGGCCAGCUGCUGCAGUUCGAGUCCCAGGUGCUGGCGCCCUCCUCCUGCUCGGCAGAAGCCGGCAGCCCUGCUCUGGGCAACACGGGCACCGUCUUCAACUUCCCCGUCUCCAUCCCCGUCUGCUCCUCCUCCAGCCCCCUGACCUUCCUGCACAGCCCCAUCACCACCUCCCCCAGCUGCUGAGCCGGAGGCCGGAUCCGCCGAUGCGCUGUCGGCCGCGUGGCUGUACCUUUUCGGAGACCCGGCACUGCGGGCCUGAUUGUCUCGUUGGGAUGAUCGCGGCUGCCGACAGGGGGAGCUGGACACGUCGGUUCUUUGGUGGACUCCCAAUCUGUGCCUUUGCCCCUUGUUUUGUGAAGCACUACUUUAGUUGCAACAGGCAGUGAAGAUGACUGACAAGCCCCCUCUCCCCGAUACGAACUUGUGCAAUAAUGUGAAAAUGACAGUAUUGGCUCUCGCCGUCCUGGGGCAAAGAAGUAUUCAGACAACAGUGAAGGCCCGCUGACCCUCUCCCCUACUCCCAAACCCUCUACGGCAGACAUCGAAGACUCCUGGCAGCAGCUUGUAGGGAUGAGCUGAAGCAGGUGGUUGGGGUCUUUAGUGAUUGUGUCGGUGGUAGCAGCAGCCAAGUCUGAAAUCCAGGUUGUGCAUUCAAGGAGAACCUACUUUUCUUCCGCACCUUGGUAGAUGCACAGAAAUCGGGUGAACCAGAAAGACAGGUCUCCCAUGAUUUUCAUCGUGCUUCUUUCCGCUAAGCUAACACAAGGUGAUUCCUUAGCCUUGUUGGUGUGUGUGUGUGUCUUGGGAAGGAUUAUUUGUAUUUGUUAACAUUCUCUCAGGUAGCUUUUUUUUGUGGUGCGUGCGUCAACUCCCAAGUGGUCUUAGUACUAUUUCAUGUUGCUUAGGUAUUAUGUAAAAGGACUGUGAAUUUAAACAUAAAAUGCUGUAGCCACCUUUCACUCGGAGGUGAACAGGCACUCCUCAAUUUGUUUGUUGGCCUGAGGAUAUGUCUGUGUUGUUCUUGGACUUCUGGCUGUCUUGGACACUGCAGAAAAGGCCCGGCCUUUAACUGAAGCUCUUAUUUGCCUUCCAAGAUGUCAUUGAAAACACUGUGUAUUUUCCAAUAAUUCCUUUAUUGUAUUGGGGAAACAAAUCCCCAGGAUACCUCACUGAACUGGUACUGUGCUGCAGCUCUCUGAAACAAUCCCAAUGAGCACUAUUAAAGGGGAGAAUUCAGAAAAGACUGCUAUUUGAUAACUUAUUUAUAAACCAAAGUAAUAUAUUUCUUUUAUAUAUUUUGUCAUUUUUGAUAUGUCACUGUUUUUUUGUACCAAGAAAUAAACCAUUUUUC